AUUUAUCAAAUCAAUCGACCCCACCACAACGGGCAUAGUAAGCAAUGAGACGCUGACAGGACGACUAAUUAACUCUGAUUCGCCCACACUUUGACCAACCCUAAACCCCUCCUCCCUGGUCAGAAGCAAUGGAGGGGCCAGACGAGGCGCAAUACAUCCCGAUGGGGGCUGAUUCUGCAGGUUAAGCAAGGACAGGCAUGCAUGACAACUCUCUCCUCCGUACAUGCCAGUGCAUGGCAAGCUGACCCGACUAUUUUCAAGCCCGUAAGAUCCCUCUGUCUUUCAUUUUUGUUAACGUACUGUUCACCUGGCUUCCGCGUCGCUUCCCUCUUCAUCAUCCCGGACGAGCACAACUAAUACUCAUGGCCCUAGACGUACCAGAUGGCACCCCCGACCGUGGGGAGGGUGUCGUGAUCUUGAGCAUCAUCCUCAUGGUCCUGAUAAUUCUGGCCACGAUCACUCGUAUUAUGAGCAAGAUUAUCGCGCAUCAAAACUGGUGGUGGGAUGAUCUAUUCGCAAUUCUCUCCGUGAUAUGCGAACUGGUCGUGCUAUCCCUGGUCCUAGUAUGGCGAAACAUAGGCCUGGGCUACCACAUGUCAGUCGUGGCGUCCAUCAACCCGGAAUACCUGAUCAGCGGCUCCAAAUACCUCUUCAUAGCAAUCUUCUUCUUCGAUGCCUCAGUCUGCCUUCCCAAGAUCUCCGCGGUCUUCUUCUAUGCGCGCGUCUUCCGCUCCAAUAACCGCGCAUUCCGCAUCAACCUCUGGAUCAUCGGCGCCCUCGUUGCGGGCUGGCUCAUCUCCGCCGAAAUCUCAACCAUUUUCCAAUGCAAUCCCAUCGCCAAGGCCUGGAACACCACCCUACCAGGAACAUGCAUCAAACAAUACGACUGGUAUCUCUCGACUGCGAUCCUUUCCACCGUGAUUGACUUCUACAUCCUCAUCCUCCCCAUUCCGAUGAUCUGGUCCUUAAAAAUGAGCCUCCGACGCCGUAUCUACCUCCUCAUUUGCUUCUUCAUGACCUACUCCGUCAUCGUCCUGUCCCUGGGCCGUCUGGUCGCUGUCGUCAACGUUGUCCCGGUCAUGUCCACCGAUUUGACGUGGGAGUUUCCCCUCUAUCUAUACUGGUCGGUCCUGGAGGGGUCGAUUUCCAUAGUCUCGAUUAGCGUCCCGAGUGGCAUCGCUCUGGUCAAAGCCAUCAUCCGACCGGAGGGGAGUGCCUGGGGGUCCACCAAUGGGAGUAGUGGGAAGCGCGAGAGCUAUGGAAAUACCACUACUAUCAAACCGGUUAGGGAACGGCCCAUGCGCAGUUACGGCGACAGGGGGAGCGAUGACCAUCUCGUCUCUGACGUCGAGACAGUCAGAACAGUGACUUCAGAUGAAGAUGAUGCGACUAUCCCACUAGGCGGAAUCAAGAUCCGGACGGAUAUCCGAGUUAUGAAUCGUGAGAAGCAAUCAAAGAAAUAA